CUCUGUGAGGUGGGGGAGGACCGGGGUUGGAGGAGGAAAAUAUGGUGACCUACAGACCCUUCCUGAGAGAAGAAAGCAAACUCUUAGCUCCUUAAAAUGCUUCCUGUCAGAAUGAAGUUCUUACAGCUGCUCUCCCGGAAGCCAGAGAAACUGGAAACGCUGUUUCAAAUACCUUGUUACCAAAAUCGAGUCCCCUGUGUGUGUCUGGCUACCUCCACCUGUCUGUACAGCAAGAAGAAAAAAACCAACAGUUAUGAGCAUGUUGACCAAGAAAAAUACAAGAGCUUGGUUUACUCUGUUACAUCGUACAAAACCAGUGCCCAAACGCCAGAGACCAUACUCGAGGAAGACAAUUACUUAUAUGGGCCACCAGAUAAGCAGAGCCUGCAAGUUAAAGCUGAAACAAAACUUCCCAAGAACUGGGUGCCUCUAGUAAACCCCAACAAGAGCGUUUCCCAUCUCAGCAGUGGUUCAGCCCUCCCCUUGAAAAUCGCUUUGCAAGGAGCGAAAAUGCCCAGCGUCACCCGUAUCCUUCAGCGGACUCUUUCUCCCCUGCAAGCCUUCUAUCUGGAAAGAUGGAAGCAGAGGAUGAUCCUGGAACUUGGAAAAGAGGGGUUUGCAGAGUACACCAAAACUCUUUUCCACCAAGGAGAGCUUUUCCAUGCAGCUUUGGAAUCCAUCCUACUGCCUGGAGCGACAGCCACUGAGGAGCAGAGGGAAAACGCUGCGGUUUCCGGCUACUUAUCUAGUGUGCAGCAGGUCUUGGAGGAGAUUGGCCAGGUGAAAGCUCUGGAAAGUGCUGUUCAGCAUGAGACUCUUCAGUAUCUGGGCCUGGUGGACUGCGUGGCUGAGUAUCGAGGCCAGUUGUGUGUGAUUGACUGGAAAACUUCAGAGAAACCAAAGCCAUUUCUGAGGAAUACUUUUGACAACCCACUGCAGGUUGCAGCAUAUAUUGGAGCCAUAAAUCAUGAUGCUAAUUAUGACUUCCAGGUUAGGUGUGGGCUCAUUGUGGUUGCCUACAAGGAUGGCUCCCCUGCUCAUCCCCAUUUCAUGGAUCCUGAUCUGUGCUCCCAGUACUGGAAGAAGUGGCUUCUGCGCCUCGAGGAGUACAAGGACAAAAACUGAGGCCA